ACGAAAACGCGCACCAUCGCUGCCGCCGCAAGCACCACCGGUCUCCGAAGAGGAAAGCGCGCUAAAGUACGCCGCGCCACAAGUUGCAGCAGGACGUCUCAGACACGUCAUCGCCAUCAAAACCGGCUGCGCGUAUAAUACGACAUACCUACCUAUAUACCUGAUUAUUGUAUUACUAUCAAACGAGGUUGAGUCGCGGUAUAUACCGUGAAUACCGCGGUGUGAGUUUAUCGGUAACGAUGACGUCCAGCGACGGAGGACUGCAGUCGUGUCGCCGGCCGGACAAUCGGAGCGGCAGCGGCGGCGGUGGCGGCGGCGGCCAAAACCUGCCGAUAAUAAUGGCCACCGGUUGUCGGAUGCCGCGGUCGCCGUCUCGCGACAAGGACUUUGCGUCGUGCGCCGCCUCCAGGACCUCCACCGGCGCCCAUCAACAGCAACAACAGCCCUUCGCCACCACCGCCGUCGUCCUGAACCGCGUCACCAGCUCUUAUCCCGAAGCGUUUUUCAAAAGGAUGUCACAGGACAUAACUAAUUCGGUGUGGUUCGAGGAAGAGAACGAUUUGAUAAAAAGCUGCGGGGCACUGCAGUCAGCGCUCGGUCUAUCCAAAAGCUUCAGCACCAGCGACAUCGCAGACGCGACCAGCAUGGACACUGGGUGUUGGCUGGCGGACAGCGAGGACGUCCGCAUGCCGCACAGCGCUUCCGAGCUGGCCAUAAACAAGUUGCGCAUAAACUCGGACGUGCUUCUGAUGGCCACCACCAUGCAGGGCCGGUUGGGCAACACGUCGCGAUCUCUGUCCACGUGCGUGGUGGUCGGCGACAUGGCGUCCACGUCGCAGCUGCCGUCGCCGAGUCGGUACUCCAGCUCGCUGCACAACAGCUACGCGUCGUCCGCUUUCAGUCCCACCGACCUAGUGAGAUCCGUCAACAAAAAGGUGCGGCAAAAUUAUAUUCAACGACGUCUACUGAUCACUUACAAGACAUUGGAACGUUUGUCACUGAGCGAAUUCAAUUUAGACAAGUCGAGUUCUGGAGGAGGAGCCGACCAUGUACCGGACCAACUGCAGUUGUCCGACCGCAAUGACGGCACCGGAGCUGCCAUAGCCGCCGCCGCGGGUUCAAGCAAAUAUUUGAGCGUACCGAGGACCGGCAAGCCGCUGUGCCCGGACGACAUUGCCGUGUGCACAGACACCAUAAAGAGAUAUCAGCCAAAGGCGUUCACCAGAUACGACAGGAACAUGUUCAUAGUCAACUGGCUGGAUAACAUCGAUCCGCAGAACACCACCGCGGAAGAUCAAUAAAACACACACACACACGAUAUUGACAAUUUAUAUUAUAAUUAUAAUAAUAUAAUAAUUGAAGGACUUGCUGCAAAAACUACCAGACAAGUCGACUUUUUGAAACAGGUUACUGCAGGAUCAGCAUACAAAACUUUUUGAUGGUCUAAAAUUUUUUUUUUUAUUAUACUUAUUCACAAUUAUUUUGAAUUCCGUGAAAGAUACUGCAGGACAUGCAAGACGAACAGUGGACACUGUUGGUUCGUAUUUUAUGUAGAUGUCUAACCUUAAUUUCAUACAAAUGUAAUAAUAUUAUAUUAUAAACUUCAACAGAAACGAACUUAUCUGGUUUUUUCCCAACAAUCAUUUUUUUUUUGUCGUUUAAAACCACGUAUUUGACACUAAUCGAGACGAGGGAUGUAUGCAUACUAUAGUAUGUUUACUUAUGUUUAUUUUUUAUGUCAUAAUGUGACCAUUAUUUGCAGCAAAAUUCAGAAAAGUCCGCGGACUUGUCUGAUUCUUGUACCAAAAGAAAAAAAUAAAUCAAGAUACAGAGUCCGUUCAUAAUAAAAACUAUUCCUAACCUACUUAUAUCUUUUAUAUUAUAUAUAAUUAUUAGUAUCUACCUAUACCUGGUUAUUGUACCAACUUAUGGGGGAUUUUUGUUUUUGGUUUUAUGCCGUAAAAAUUUACAUUUUCAAAAAAAAGCGAUUUUAAGGUGAUUUUUGCAGCAACUUCUUCUAUUUAGUGUUAUUGUUAUAGUGAAAUUCGCGCGCAACUUAAUUCGAUAUGAGCAUCGAUAUCAAUGCUGCUAAAAAAAAAUUAACUGCUAUAUUGUAUAAUAUUCUUAUUAUCUAUUAUUUAAUUAUUAUCUGAUUGUUGUUAAUUUGGAUGCGGACAUCAUCGCGUGUGAAUCAUAAUAAUAUAUUAUAUUAUAUUAGGUAGGUAUUUAUGAUUCAUAUAAUGAAUGCGUUAUGACCAUAUAUUAUUUUAAAUCGAUGAAUUCUAAAUGUUUCGUUAACAUAUGUUAUAUUAUGCACAUAUGUCAUAUAUAGACGUGAGUGAUGUCGUUUCAAAGACGAUUUUUCACUUCCUAAAGUUAUUACGUCAUAUUUUAUCAAAUUGACAGAGAGAUAGAAUAAUUAAUAAUUAUUAAAUCUUGUUUAGGCUUGAGCCAUUUAGUUGAACAUAUUUUUAUCAAAACAUCUAAGUGUGUUGUUCCCUACUUGAUAUUAGGUAUUUAAGUAAAUAUCCCACCUUGCAUUUGCGUUAAAUAUAUGUUUCUAUUAGGAAAACCGAAGAAACAUAACAUUAUGAUUGCAUGAAUUUAAAUUUCAUAUAUUUUAUAAAUAGGUAGUAUCCGUGAAUCACACGACGAUUUAAGGUUGCAGGCUAACUGUUAUUAUAACAUUAUAUAAAUGUUUCAUUUUUGGUCCCUACUUCCUAACAAGACUAUAAAAGUCUAGCUAUUUGAUUAUUAGCUACCUACAUAAUAUAUUUAUCCAUGAAAGUACCUACGAAUAUAUAUCGUCCCUUUGACUUAAAAAUAUUCCUAUUUCGUUUGUACCUAUUUGAUAAAUUAUAAUUUUGUACCAACCUAUCUUAAUGUAUUGAUGUUUCUAUUUGUUGACUUAUAUCUUAUAAAGCGUAGGUAACAAUAUUCAAAAUAUAUUAGGUAUGUUUAAGGCAUGGUUUAAGUUGGAAAUCUGUAUAAUAAUUACAUUUAUCAGGUAACUGAUAAAUUAUAUGUAGACAUAAUUUAGUUAACUUGUUUACAUUAAAGUGAUCAGUGAAUUUGUCAAGAAUCGAAAGUCAAUUAAAUUAACAUUUUUAUUACGAUUUUUAACAGUAUAUAUACUAUAUACUACUAUAGGUUAAUCAAUUUACAUGUAUUCAAAUUAAUGCUGGAAUUGAAAAAAAACCAAUAAUAUAGAUAUUCUAAAAUGUUUUCGUUAACUAAUGUCCGCCAAUCUCCUUUUGUAAAAUAUUAGUUGAGGUACGCUCAAAUAUUUAAAAACAAAUUUAAAUAUAGUACUAUGUCUCCUCAGUCCUCACAUUCUCUACACUAUUACUAAAUUGUCCCAUUCCAGCAUUGUACCUAUAACAGUAUUACGCUUUGAUCAAUUUAGACGAAGACUUGAGAAAUUUGUUUUAAGGCAUAUAUUUUAUUACAACACGUAUAACGAACCAAAUGAUUAAAUACAAAUCUAAUAUUUUAAAAACAUUAAAUUGUUAAAAAUAACAAAAUUAUAAAAGUAAAUAAUAAAUGAUGUAUAAAAACAUUUAUUCAUACUUAAAAAUUUUAGUGAAGCUCAUUAAUCAUUAUUAUUAUAAUAUUAUUAAAUAAUAAUACAAAUAAUUUAUAAAGUUUGAUUUGUACUAGCUACUUAGAUAUUUACCUAAACUGUAUUUCCUUUAUACAUUUCAAAUACUUGUUUUUACUUAUAUUAUAUGAAGUGGCCAAGCCCAUUUAUUUAAAACAUAAUUUUAUACUUAAAUUUGUAUGACAUUAUGUUGGCAAAAAGUUUUAAAUUGACAAAAUACAAUUUUUAUAUUUUGCUUGUAUUUUAAAAGUAUUAAUUAUAUGAAUUACCUAAAUGUUUUAAGUCUAUUUAAAAUGCGGCCUUAAAUCAUGUUACCAAUUCAAUUUUUUUUUAUGUGUUUAAUUUAUACAACUUAAUUCAUUAUAAUUAUCAGACUAAAUUAUAUACACCAGUUAAGCUUAUAUUCUUAUAAAAUACUAUUUUUUUAUCUAGGUAAUAAUAAUAACAAUAUUAUUCCAUUAUUUAAAUUAUAAUAAUAAUUGCAUUUAAUAAUAAAUCUUUUAAAAAUGUCAAAUCAAAUGUUUUCAACUAACGUGGCAGUACAAUUGAUAACAGACUCACUUACAAUCUAAAAACAAAAAUAGUAAAAUAAUAUAUUAUAAUGCAUGUUGAGCGUAAAAUAUCUUGUUAUAAUAUAAUGACACAUUGUUUAUGUUCUGGACCCACUGUACCUAGUCAUGUAGGUCAGGAGCAGGAAAAUCCCUCAGAGUUUUUUUAGGUGUUGGGAGUUGUUGAGUGUUUCAGUGUUUGACGUAUGUAUUAAAAAAAUACUGUUAAUGGAUAAAAUACUAAAAUACGCAUAUUAAUUAGGUAAUUUUAUAAUUUGUAUAAUAACAUAAUUUAACAAUUUUGCCUAUUUUGGAACCCUACAAGAAUAAAAUCAGUUUUUAUUAAAGACUUUUUCAAUUUUACGGUAUUUCUUAAAUCCGUCCAUAUACUAAAAAAUACAUUUUUCUAAUUUUUAAAUACUCAAAUAAUUCUACUUAAUAUAUUAUUAAUUAAAUAAUUUUUAAAUAAUAAAUUAACACCGGCAUUUCCAACAGAUCCAUUGAAAUAUAACCUGUAAGCCUCUAGAAUGAAACCAUUAUUGUAUUUAAAAAGUUGUAUUUAUCAGUACCUACUUAGAAUGAUCGUGGAAAGCUUAGUAUUGUUAUGUUUUUUGGAAAUAUAAUUUUGAAUUGUAUACCUACGUCCUACAUACUAUUACCUAUGUCUAUUAAUCGCUUGUUCAAUGUUUUAUAUAAUAUAUAUAUAUUUAUUUACAUAGUUUAUAGUAUAGUAUAGAAUACCUAUAUAGUAUUUGCUUAUAAUUUAUCGUUGUCAUGAAUAGUUUAAAUAGUUUAUUAAUCAAUAUUCCUACAUUAUAUUAUUAUAUUGAUAUUGUAUUUCAUAAUUUCUUCAUCUUAAAUGUAGUACAUAUUUUGGUUAUAUUAUUGUUAUUAUUCCAAUAUAUGGUAAAUAAUAUAAUAUUAUAUUAAUUAGGUACCUAUAUCAGUAUAAUAAAAGGUGAAUAAGUUUCAGACAAAGUUUUACCUAAUGCCUAUAAUUGGCUAUUAGUUACAUAUUGAAUAUUUUUAAUCAUUAAAAUAAAAUAAUACAAUUUAAACAAUUAUAAUUAAGCUUAGAUUGUUUUAAUUACUUAUCCAUAUUAUUAUAUAACUAUAAUAAGAAAGUGAGCAGUGAGCAGGGAUGAAUUAAAUAUGUUAAACCAAUUACACAUCGUUGGAUAUACAUAAUAAUAGAAUAUUGUUAUUGUAACACUCAUUUGAGUGUUCUCAAUUUUAAAAUUCGGUUAACACACUGUGCUUACAAUACUGAUUUAGGGCAGUCUUGUUAAGUAUUCAAAUACUUUCAAAAUACUUUUUUUUUACAUUUUGUUCUAGAAUACCUACUAAAUACUUUUCUCAUAAGUAUACCUUUAUAAAAAAAUCUAUACCGGAAAGUCAUAUUACAUAUUUAUGAGCGUUUGAAGUUUUAAAUUCUUACAACCUUGGAUAUUCACCCAUAAAUUGAUUUCUCAUCGAACGAUUUUUUUGUUUUGUUGAAAGUUAAAAACGAAAAACCGUAGAUAAUU